UUCAAUAAAUAUACUAUAUUUUAUCUUCUUUAUCUUCUUCCCUUUCGAGAAAACCGGACAACAAAGUCGAACAAAGUCGCCAUUUUUUCUCAGCAAGGUUGUAAACAAAUGGCAAGUCUAAUCAUCUCUCCUCCAUUGAUCUCGUCCUCAAAAAGAAACAAACCAGAGUUCAAAACUUCCUGUUCUUCUACCCAUGGUGGUGGGAUGAUCAUAUCAAUGCAGAGACCAUUGGAGGAGAUAUACAGCAUAAGGGUAGAAAAGAACGUGUCAAAAGAGCGAUUAUCAGAGCUUGGGGUGUCAAAAUGGUCAACAUGGAAGACAGGUAAAUGCAAUGUUCCAUGGGAUUGGCAUGUUGACCAACUGGUUUACAUUGAGGAAGGAGAAGUGAGGGUUGUUCCCGAAGGUAGUGAGAGACAUAUGAGUUUUGUUGCUGGUGAUUUGGUUAGGUAUCCUAAAUGGUUCGAGGCUGAUCUUUGGUUUAAUGGGUAUUAUCAAGAACGAUAUAGUUUUAGGGCUUAUGGUGAUGAUUAGGGUUUGUGGAAGAAGUUGUUGGUUUUUUUGUGGUAGGAUUUGUAGGGUUUGGAAGGGGUUGUUUCUUGUAUUUUUGGUUUGGUUUGAAUGAGAGUAUUGUGGAAGAAGUUAUUGUGUUCAUUUGAAAAUCUUAGGUGUUUCUAAUAGAUAUUAUGCCUUAAUUACCUUAUGUCAUGUAUGUCGUUUAUCCAUAUAAGUAUAUGUAUGUGUGCAAAUAUGUAUUGAUGCUUGAUAGAAUGCAUUGAUGUUUGACAUAAA